AUGGUCCUCCGCAACUGUGUGCGUAGACUGCGCGACUGUGUGUGCUUGUUUUUCAUUUUCGUCUGUUGCUGCUGUAACUCCAACAAGGUAUCAGCGGUAUCGGAGACGCGUCUGAUCGAGGUGGGGCUGGUGGGCGAGGGCAGCAAGAAGAAGCACAACAAGAUCAAGACGUCCAAGUACACGCUGCUCAUGUUCCUACCGAAGAAUCUGAUGGAACAGUUCCGACGGGUCGUCAACUUCUACUUCUUGAUUGUGACUGUGAUAGCCGUCAUCAUAGACAGCCCGGUUUCACCGUUUACAAGUAUCGCCCCGCUGAGCUUCAUGGUGCUGGUGACGGCUGUUAAGCAGGGCUACGAGGACUGGCUUCGGCACAAGGCUGACAACAAAGUGAACAAUCAAAUCGUGGAGACGAUUCACAACGGAGUUGUCAAAGAGGUUCGCAACUCGAGGAUUGCGCCGGGCACUUUGGUGCGCGUGAAACGAGGCAAAGAGGUGCCGGCAGACAUAGUUCUGCUGUGCUCGGCUGGCGAGAGCGGCAAGUGCUUCGUCACCACCGCCAAUCUGGACGGAGAGACCAACUUGAAGACCCUCAGGGUACCGCCACCGCUGGUCGGUUACCCACCAGAUAGUCUACCGCAAGGCAUGCGAAUAGAGGUGCCUCAUCCUGUCGCGGACUUGUAUACUUUCUACGGGCGUCUGGAAAUUCCAGGACAGGACAGCCUGGCACUCAGCACUGACAACCUCAUGCUGAGAGGAUCUAGAGUCAAGAACACCGAAUGGGCUAUAGGAUGCGCCGUAUACACGGGAGAGGAGACUAAAUUGGCGCUCAAUUCUAAGUACACCGGGAACAAGUUCUCAUCAUGCGAAUCGGCCGUGAACAGUUUUCUAGGGCUGUUCAUCUUUAUCCUAGUUUUCGAGAUUUCAAUAUCGUUGCUGUUCAAGAUACUCAUCGAAGGAAGGAACUCCGGGAGGGACGUGUAUUUGGGACCUGGUACCAGGUACCCAGCGCCUUUGGCCAGCAUCUUCCAAGACCUGUUCUCCUUCCUACUGCUAUACUAUUACAUCAUACCCAUGUCCCUCUACGUGACCAUAGAAUUAUAUAAAUUUAUAGGCGCGCUGUUCAUCGGCUGGGAUGAGGAGCUCCGCUGCGAGGAGACCGGCCAGCCGGCCAUGGCGAACACGUCCGACCUGAACGAGGAGCUGGGCCAGGUGGAGGUGCUCUUCUCGGACAAGACGGGCACGCUCACGAAGAACCUGAUGGUGUUCAAAGCGUGCUCGAUCAAGGGCCACGUCUACGAAGAGAAGGACGCGCGCCUCUACGACAUCGAGAGGUUCGACGAGCCCGUUGACGUCCCGCUUCAGACAGACAUCAAAUUCUUCUUCACGAUCCUCGCUCUGUGCCACUCUGUGCAAAUCUCCAGUGAGGACAUGAAGAAGUUGAGCGCGCGCCUGUCCGGCAAUAUGCAGCUGAGGAACUUCUUCCGCAGGAAGAAACUCAACAGGGCCGGCACCGAUGGCAGCACGGAGAGCCCUAACAGCAAUGGCGUUCUGAACACCUUGACCUGGAGCGCGCUCCUGAACGUGAACGGCAGCAAGAUGGACUACCAGGGUAGCAGCCCUGACGAGAAGGCUCUAGUGGAAGCGGCCGACAGAGUGGGCGUGACGUUCCUCGGCGAGGAGGGAAACAAUUUGAUAUUGAAGGUCGGUGACCACACCCAUAUGUACGAGCGUCUGCAAGUCAUCGAGUUCACGUCGGAGAGAAAACGAAUGUCCAUCAUCGUCAAAGACAAAGACGGGAAGAUCUGGCUGUUCUGCAAAGGCGCCGAGAGCUCCGUUUUCCCGAUAUGCAAGGACUCUGUAAUGGUGGAGGAGACGAAUCGAGAUAUAAACGUGUUCGCGAACAAGGGCCUGAGGACUUUGGCUGUAGCGUAUAGGGAAAUACCGCACGAGGAAUAUGACAGGGUAACGGAAUCCAUCAAGAGGAUAGACGGCAGGAGCGCCGAAGCGUUGCAGCAAGUGACGCAGCAGUUCAAGGUGUUGGAGCAACAGCUGACGCUGGUGGGCGCCACGGCGGUCGAGGACUGUUUGCAGGACGACGUGGCGGACACUUUGGCGUCGCUGCGCCGCGCCGGCAUCAGGACAUGGGUCCUGACGGGCGACAAGGGGCAUCAACAACUGCUGGCCUCUCAUCACGUUCCGUUCCAUCAGGUGGAGACGGCCAUCAACGUGGCGCAGUCCUGCAGCCAUAUAUCGGAGAGCGACAGGAGAAUGUUCCUAGUCGGGGUGCGGGACGACGUGGCCCUGCAAGCCCACUUCGAGGAGUGCCGGCGCGCCGCCUCGGAGCCCAGCUACAGGGACCUCACGCUGAUCGUCGACGGGACCAGCAUGGCCGGCAUCCUGGACACGCCGGCGGCGCCCCAAUUCGUGGACCUGUCCAUGAAGUGCGACGCCGUGCUGUGCUGCAGACUCUCGCCGAUACAGAAGGCGAAGAUAGUGAAGCUGAUCAAGGGCAGCCCCGAGCGGCCCAUCACCGCGGCCAUCGGGGACGGCGCCAACGACAUCUCGAUGAUCCAGGAGGCGCACGUGGGCUUCGGCAUCUUCGGCAAGGAGGGCCACCAGGCGGCCAGGUCGGCAGACUUUGCCUUCACUAAGUUCUCUAUGGUGAAGAAGAUGCUUCUGGUGAUGGGCCACUGGUACUACCAGCGGCUCGCUACGCUGAUACAUUACUUCUUCUACAAGAAUCUAGUGCUAGGGAAUCUAAUGCUCUUCUUCCAAGUGCACACCGCCUUCUCGACGCAGUCCAUCUUCGACUCCAUGUACCUGACGUGCUACAACCUGGUCUUCACCUCUGUGCCGUGCCUAGUUCUCGCCGUCACCGACCAGCGCUACCCAGCAGACCUACUUAUGAAGAACCCAACGCUAUACCGAGAGAUCAGGAAGAACAAGCUCAUGUCCUGGUGGCAAUUCGUGGCGUGGAUCCUGACUGCUUUAUACCAUUCCGUCGUCAUCUACGGCUUCUCUAAGCUGCUGUUCUACACGGCUGUUAUAAGUAGAGACGCCAAAACGGUGGACCUAUGGUGCUACGGGGCCGUGCUGUUCCACUUGAUGAUGUUGGUGGUGAGCCUGAAACUCUGGCUGCAGGCUCGAUACCACACGCUGGUGUUCGUGGCGUCGAUUUUGCUGUCCGUCAUCGGCUACGUUGUGUUCAACACGACAUACUCGAUGUUUAACUUGCAAAUCGACGGUGAUGUGCUAGGGACGUACACCCGUCUGUUGACAUCCCCUUCAUUCGGGUUCUUGAAUUGCCUCGUUAUAGUGGCAACACUGUCGCCUGACUAUUGCGCGCGACUCAUUUCCGACAAACGAGGCCUGAGGUAUUUAAGCACGGGUAUUGCCAGUUUACAAAGAGUGUUCACUACCAGACUC